AUGGGUAACGCAAGCAAACGAGGACGUGACCCUGGCGCAAUAGACGAAGAGGAGCGGCAGUACGCCACUGGUGGCCAGACUCUCGAAGAACUAGACGAAAAGUACCCAAACAGGCCCCAGAAUCAUGGCAAGACGCUCUUCUUCGCCGAGCUUUACCAAGGUCUUUUCGACCCCUUGAAUGCCACCAGGAAGCAGCCUGUCAGAAGAGGGCACGGGGUUGCCUCCAAGUCCACUCCGCACGAGCACCGCCGUCGUGUCAUUGAACGCUUCAUCUCGCGAUGGCGCACCGAGACUGGCAAUGACUUCUUCCCUGCUCUGCGUCUCAUCCUGCCCACCUCGGACCGCGAGAGGGGCAUGUACGGCCUGAAGGAGUCUGCCAUUGCCCGUCUGCUCAUCAAGCUGAUGAGGCUCGAUAGGCAUUCCGACGAUGCCCAGAGUAUGCUGAAUUGGAGGCGUCCAGACCGUUCCAGCACCGCUGGCGACUUUGUCGAUCGAUGUUACAAUGUCCUAUCCAAGAGGCCUUCGCGGAUAGAACCCGGCGAUAUGCGCAUCGCCGAUGUAAACGAGAUGCUAGACAAGCUUUCGGCCGUGUCCGGUGAGAAGGGCCAGUUACCCAUCAUCGAGACUUUCUACGAUCGGAUGAACGCCGAGGAACUCAAGUGGGUCAUCCGUAUCAUUCUCAAGCAGAUGAGAAUUGGAGCCACUGAGAGGACACUACUGGAGCUGUGGCAUCCUGAUGCGCAGCAUCUUUUCAAUGUUUCCUCGAGUCUGAGAAGGGUGUGCUGGGAGUUGUAUGACCCCGAGAUCCGUCUCACUGGCGCUCAGACCGGUGUUGCCUUGAUGCAAUGCUUUCAACCCCAACUUGCCGCUUAUGAGAUGGCCACCUCGUUCGACAAAAUGAUCGAAAGACUCCACGCAUCGACCCAUGAAAUGGCUGGUAAUAACAAAAGUUUCUGGAUUGAAGAGAAGUUAGAUGGUGAACGGAUGCAGCUGCACAUGCUCCAGGACCAGAGCAUCCCAGGCGGCAAGAGAUUCUGCUUUUGGUCGAGGAAGGCUAAGAAUUACACAUAUUUAUAUGGAGAGGGUCUACAUGACGAGGCCAAUUCCGCCUUGACACGUCAUUUAAAAAAUGCAUUUGCACCGGGCGUGCGCAACAUCAUCCUCGACGGCGAAAUGAUUGUCUGGGAUCCACAGCUUAAGAAAGUCUUGAAGUUCGGCACGCUGAAAUCAGCGGCUCUCGAGAAUAGUGCCUGGAGCCCCUAUGAGAGCGACGCCCCACGGCCUGUCUUUCGGGUUUUCGACAUUGUUCUAUUGAAUGAUCAGCCACUGACACAGUAUACGCUCCAAGAUAGACGCAAUGCCCUAGCCAAGGCUGUUAUCGGUGAACCACAUCGACUUGAAAUUCAUGACUAUGCAGUAGCCACGAAUUCUAGCGAAAUAGAACCUAUGCUGCGCAAGAUCGUCUCGGAUGCUUCGGAAGGCCUCGUAGUGAAGAAUCCACUAUCUAUGUAUACUGUCGGUCUGCGCGUUCCUGACUGGAUCAAGGUGAAGCCGGAUUACAUGGAUGGCUUUGGUGAAAAUGUCGACGUCGUCAUUAUUGGUGGAUACUAUGGAUCAGGGCAUCGCGGCGGCAGAUUAUCGUCGUUCAUGUGCGGCCUUCGCGUUACGGAGAGUGACAUCAAGGCUGGUGCUCACCCAGAGAAGUGUUAUAGCUUUAUCAAAGUCGGUGGAGGGUUCCGCGCUGAGGAUUAUGCCGAGAUCCAACAACUCACAACAGGUAAAUGGAACGACUGGGAUGCGAAGAAGCCGCCAAGCAAGUAUAUCCAAUUAGCUGGAGGUGAGAAGCACCAAUACGAGCGGCCUGAUGUCUGGAUUCGCCCCAGCGACUCAGUUGUCAUAACCGUCAAGGCAGCAAGUGCUGAAGAGACCAAUUCAUUUGCGAGUAGAUUGACGCUCCGAUUCCCGCGGUUCAAAGAGCGGAGGCCUGACCGAAAUUGGGAUCAGGCAUUGGAUUAUGAAGAGUUCGAGGCACUAGUUGCAGAAGGCAAGAAGGAAAAUGAGUUUAAGAUGGAGAAAAGGCGACAACGUGGCGUUAAAAGGGUCAAAAAGAGCAUCGUCAUAGCUGGGCAGGACACGGGACCUGUAGAAUUUGCAGAGCCUAAGACAAAGGUGUUUGAGGGCCUCGAAUUUUGCGUGUUAACAGACUGUACGACGCCCGUAAGAAAAACCAAGGCGCAAUUAGAAGCCCUUGUCAAAGAGAACGGCGGUAAACUAUCGCAGCGCGCUGCCCCCGACACAGAGAUGAUAUUAGUCGCGGAGAAAAAGGUCGUCAAGGUCGCCAGCUUAAUCAAGGCCGGUGGCGAAUUCGAUAUCAUCCGCCCGAAGUGGCUUCUGGAUUGCAUCGCCCAAGGAAACGGAGGCUUUCUCCUUCCUUACGAGGCAGGGCAUUUGUUCCAUGCCUGUGAUGCGACGCAAAGCGCCGCCGAGGAGAAUACUGAUGAGUUUGGCGACGGCUACGCACGCGAUUUGAGUGUUGAAGAGCUCAGGCAACUACUACAGAACAUGCCAAAGAAAGAGAUUACGGAAAUGCCCUUCCACAAGGAGAGAUUCCUCAACCAACUAAGGGAGCAUGGCCACGAUCUAAGUGAGAUGCGAAGCCAUCUAUUUAAAGGUAUAGUUGUCCAUAUCGCAGGAGCGGAUACUGCAAGCUCUAUAGAAGUAUGCCAAGUGAGAAACCGAAUCCGAUUUGGGGGUGGCGCUCUAGCAGAUAGCUUAGACGACAAGACCACCACACACAUCGUUGUUCUAAGCAAGAAUCAUCCUGAAGAAAUGGACCUUGCGCGCGAGGUUCGGUCCGUCAUCAGUUCACGGCGCCCUUUGCCAAGGGUCGUCUCUAAGCAAUGGGUAGCAGACUGUUGGCAAAACCGAACUGUUGUGGACGAGGAAAGAUUUGCACCAUUAUGA